AUGCGCACUGCAUAUAUGAUAUCCUACCACGAGUACGUCCCUGAAGUCUCUUACCUGAUCAGGAAGUGUAAGUUGACCGACCCGGAACUCCGCCCGACGCUUCCAGAGAUCACGAGGCUGCUCGCUACCAUUUAUCGAUCGAACAACCACUUGGUGUUGCUGAGGAACCUGACUUUUGAAUCGUCUGGAAUCUACAAGUGUGAAGUGUCAGCUGAUUCGCCGCUGUUUCACACUUAUUACAAUGAGAGUUUGAUGGUCGUUGUGGAGCUGCCGGAAGACGGCCCGAAGAUCUCAGGAGGACAGACGCACUACGCACAAGGGGAGACGGCGAGGUUCAACUGCACUUCAUCGCGCAGCAAGCCCGCCGCUGAGCUCACUUGGUACAUCAACGAGGAACCGGCCAAGCUGAGUUACUUAGUGCCAUAUUACCCUUACGAACACGCCGACGGACUCAUCAGCAGGAGACUCGGUCUUUCGUUCACGGUGGAGAAAGGUCACUUCGAUGAGGGGGAAAUGAACCUGAAAUGCGAGGCGGUGGUGGCGGCUGUUUACGAUCCAGUGGGGCAGGACGAGACCAAGGUGAUGGAGAGAGACCCUGUCGUGUUGGAGAGAGGAGAGGCUGCGAUAGUCGAUCAAAAGCAUAUUGAGUUAAAUUUUACUGAUAGCACAUUGAGAUUUAAAUCAAACUCAAAAUUUUAUCUUUAA